CCACGAGCCAAUGAGGCAUCAAGAACAUACUUAAUAUCCAAUCGGCGGUGAUUACAAGACGAUCAGAGGCGCCUUUUACUAUUCGCGAUGCUCGCCGCCGCCGUCCGCAUCACCGAAGACCUCCCGGGGCUCGAAAAGACCCUGCGGCUAUUCCAAGGCCUCAGCACCAUCGCCGUCGGCCUUGCGCAAACCGCCGAAGAGCAAGCCAUCCGCGCUCGAGCAGUAUCGCAAUUCGCCGUCAGCCGACGUUUCUUCCGCCUUUUGAAAUGGUACCCUUGCUGGUCCAAGGCUUCGGCCGCUUGGUCAGCCCGACAAGUCACGAUAGGCGAAGAUGGAAAGACUCGGGAUCCGAUGGAUGCGAACCUUGAUUUUUGGAAAUGGUCGAUUUUGGGGAUGUAUUUCUUUGUGGAGAUGUUCACGAUUACGAAUGCCAUGGGCGUAACCGACUAUCCCGUUCUCAAGACUGUCCAGAACGAAGCGAAUAAAUUGUGGUUCUACGGCCUCGUGGCAUCGAUCAUCCUCUCGCUGUAUCAGCUCUUCCUUAGCAGCACCGGCAAUGACACUGCCGCCGCCAACGAGAAGACUUCCAACCCCCGAUCGAAUACUCCUUUUACAACAUCGAACAAAGCUUCAGCACUCUGGGAAGCCAUCGUCAUCGACGCCUGUGAUCUUUUUUUGCCGGGCUCGUCGCUCGGUUGGCUUCCCGUGAGCACGCUGGUCGUAGGAAUCGCGGGGACGACGUCGACGACGGUGGCAGGGAAGCAGAUUUGGCUGCGUUUGAGACGGGAGCAG